GGAUUUGCAGCUGCCUGGCGUCUCGCGAGAGGAGGAGGAGGAGACUGCCCGACGGCCCCCCCCCCCUCUCCGCCCGGAUAAAUUGCCGGCGAGGCUGGGGCGCGGCUGCGGAGCCGACGGGGCGAGAGGACCAGCUGGGCGCGCUUGACGCACACGAGGCAGCCGCUACCUCUCCUCCGACAGGUGAGUCGCCUUUGCCCUUGGCCGAGAGGAGCCUAACCUGCGCGUCUUUGCAAUCGGGGGUGGGGAUGAUGAUGAUGAUGGGGGACGCGGACGCGCCUGGAGAGGCUGCGGGAGCCCAGGGCGCAAAGCAGCAAGCGGGUCUGCGCGCACCCUCGCCUUGCAAAGGGACCUCGAGGGGUCAUCCUGUCCAACCCCGGGCUCUCUCGCCCGACGCGGGUCUCGAACCCACGACCCUGAGAGCAAAGAGUCCCACACUGCGAGCGGGUGGGUAGGUGUCCCUUUGCGCUUUCUUGCUCUGCGACUUCCUUCCUCUCCAUCUUCCGUUUGGAAAGCCCCGGGAAUGAUGCGCAGGGGCCGUAGACAAGGCAGGGCACACCCUGUGUAUGCUUACUCCGAGGUAAGCCACACACACACACGCGCGAGUUGAUUGGGGCUUACUCCCAGGUAAGUGCAGUUGGCAGCCUCUUUGCCCGAGGGGGGCGGGACUACAGGGCAUCUUCUUAAACCCCUUUUUUCCCGUGAGGAAAGAGCUCUCUUGAGGAUGCAGGAGUGAGUGGAGAGGCUCUCCGGGACGGCAGCAAGGAAAUGCAGGCGCUCCCCAAACGCCUCCGUCCCGAUGCUUGGGGAGGUCUAUAAAUGUACUUUCACUUCUUGCUGGCGGAUGCUGUGCCGUCAGUCACUGAAGUGGAGCCAUAAUUGGGUGGGAAACAUUUCUGUCGGAUAGGUCAUCAUCUUGGCAAUGUAGGUGGGGGCAAAGGACAAUCGGGAACAGAGCUGUGUGAUAAAUACAAUGCAACGUAAGCAAACAGAACCGAGAUAGAAUCUGCUGCUUAAAUAGGUUUGGUCCCAUUGUUUGGAGGAGACCAAGCCUGUUUGUUUUCUCUCCCUCUCUGCUAAAAGCUGCGUUCAUCUGUGUAACAUGCAAGCUGCCUCAAAGCCUCUAAAUUAUCCCAUACUUGAAGGGGCCGAGAGGCAAAAUUUGCAGCUGUUUCACAGGGUUCUCUGUAGGAGAGGUUUAGUUUGGUUGCUUUUAUUUACACUGCGUGAAAUAUUGUAGUUGGGUUACAAAAAACUGUUGUGGGUGAGUGAGCAUUUUUUAAUUUGAAAAAGCUCCCUGUGAUUUUUGGAAUUCAUUGUCUGUUGUCUGUAAUAACUGUUUAACCAAUGCAUCACCUGUACUGUACUAUAUCUUAAAAAAAACCUGGGUUUUGAGUGCUUGGUGGUCCUUCAAGUAUUGCACCGAGACUUAAAAUGGGAAGCUUAAAUGCCCCUAGCAUGGUGUGCUCUUUCCCUUUUGCUACCUUUCGUAUGAAAAGGAAUCCUGCCUGAUAUUGAUCAAUUUAAGAGAGGCAUUAAGGUUUUUUGUUUUUAAGUUGCUUUGUAAUCAUUUCUGCAGCAGGAUAAAGUUUCACGAGAACUGAAAUGGAAACACGUCCUGUCAUUUCUGUGUUACAGAAACUCUUUAAUAGUGCAUACACAAAACGUUUCAAACACACCCAUUCAAACCCCCCCCCCACUCCUAGAACUGUAGUUUAUGCCUGUAUUUCUGGCACCCUUAAAUUAUAGUUCAAAGGAUUCCUUUCACGGAGAGGAGAGAGAAUGUGCUUUAAAUGUACAAUGUGUCCUUGGCUGAGAACAGAUUUCUGAAUCCUGUUUGGUUUUGACCACAGCCUGCACCAGCCAUAGCUCAUAAUCAUGGGAUGAUAAGAGUCACGGUCAAAAUAUCUGGAGGGCACGAACUCAAGGAUGGCUGAGUGAGAGGAAUAUUCCAGAGCAACUCUGUCCUUAAUAGACUAAUUAUGUGUUUUCAUAAUACAGAUGGCAGUUCUGUUUGCAGAGGGAGAGUCUCACAACCAGCAGUGGAAGAAGGGGCAAUUGCAACGUGUUAAGCACUUUAUUGCUACAGAGGGAACAAACAGUCUCCCUUGUUCCAUUUAACACAACUUUGACAGUGGAUCCACAUUUGAUAACUGUGGAUUCAACUUGGCUUUUCUUCACUCAUUCUUGUAACCAGAGUUUGAUGCAGAGCUUUCCAAACUCUCCAUGUUGGCGGCACACUUUUUAGACAUGCAUCAUUUUGCGACACAGUAAUUCAGUUUUAGUAGCAAACCGGAGGUUAAAUUAACCCCCUUUCCACACACCGACACACUGCAGUGGACAUGUCGUGACACACACAGUCUGGAAAGCUCUGGUUUAAUGUCUACUCUGAAGGCACUGUUGUUUGUUUAGUAACUUAGUAAAGAAUACUAGAAUACAAUGCUCGGCUUCCACUUUUCAAAUCCCAAUUUAAACUCUUUAUUUCCCUAACUUGUCGCUACUACGUUUUGGCUUGGAAAGUGAGGCGAAUUUUUGGACACAAGAAAAGCCAAGUGUUCCCAAGGUUGUAUACAAAUUGGCUUUGCCAAAGCAACCCAGAACUUGUCUCUGCUCAGUUCAAGCAUUACUGAAUAAACUAGUGAAUUAUAAUUUAGAAAUAACAGAAGAUAUCCAAAAUAGUCAUGCUUUAAAUACGCCCAUUGAAAUUGAUACUUAGUACAUCAAGUUGCUUAAGCCUAUUGAUUUUAGCAGGACUCACUGGAUAUUGCCCACAAAUUUUAUUGGCUAGUCAUAUUUGUCCGGAAAGAAAAUGCUUUCAGAUUUGAAGUUUCAACCUUCCAUAUUGCAUAAAUGGAAAGUGUUUGAAUAACGGAACAAGCUGAGCAUAUCUUAGCGGCUGCAACUUGUCAAAAGGUUAGGUUUUGUUUCAAGCCUUGCAUUUAACUUGUGCUUUCUCUCCCCUCCCCCAGACUCUAUAAAGCAUUCAAGGCCCAAACAUGGCGGAAGAGAGGACUGAUUCACAGCAGGUAUGUUUGCAUGCACCAAAAAUGUUCCUGACGAUUUAUUCCAGAAGAAAUGUGAGCUAACUGUCCUGUCUUCUGCAUAAACAGAAUGUGGUCGCCAGGGUUGCCAACCUUCCCCUGGUGAGCUCCACCUAUGACAUGGUCUCCUCAGCUUACGUCACCACGAAGGACAACCAUCCCUACCUGAAGUCUGUAUGCGAGAUGGCGGAAAAGGGCGUAAAGACCAUUACUGCAGUAGCCAUGACUGGUGCUCUGCCUAUCAUCCAAAAGCUGGAGCCACAAAGUAAGCCCCGACUCUUGGAAACACUUUUCAGCUUGCAAAAUUCUUCCAGAGGAAAAAAAAAAAAGACCAGGUUUAUUAGCAACAAUAAACAGGUUCCCAAGCAGAAAUGACAGCCUGGGAAUACAAGUUGGUAUUCGUUUGGAAAUGGCUGUCGUUUCAUAGGCUGUGCGUUCAGAUGUGUAGACAGCAUGGUAAGGUCCAAAGUCAUCUGUGAUCCCUCUAGUGGAGUUUGAUGGGAACAGUCAGGAUCCAGUGAUCCUCAGGCAUGCACCUCCAAGUGGUGGAGCUGUCAGGGCUCCAUCCUGGCUCCCAGGCACCUUCACGUGGUUGCAAGGGACCAAUAGCCAAGUGCUAAAUGAGCCUGGCAUCAGGCGAAUUUUGAACACUGCCACCGAGUAUAAUAAUCUCAUGCAGUGUUCGAAACUCCCAUUUUUCUUGGUGCAUUUUGCGACAGGGAAUUUCAUUAGUGUGAAGAAGAAGAAGAAUUUGGAUUUGAUAUCCCGCUUUAUCACUACCCAAAGGAGUCUCAAAGCGGCUAACGUUCUGCUUUCCCUUCCUCCCCCACAACAAACACUCUGUGAGGUGAGUGGGGCUGAGAGACUUCAAAGAAGUGUGACUAGCCCAAGGUCACCCAGCAGCUGCAUGUGGAGGAGCGGGGAAGCGAACCCAGUUCACCAGAUUACGAGACUACCGCUCUUAACCACUUUUCUGGGCGCAGUGCAGUGGUACCUUGAGUUACAAACGCCUCAGGUUACAAACGCUUCAGGUUACAAUCUCAGCUAACCUGGAAGGGUUACCUCGAGUUGAGAACUUUGCCCCAGGAUGAGAACGGAAAUCAUGUGCCGGCGUUGCAGCGGCAGCAAGAGGCCCCAUUAGCAAAAGCACGCCUCUAGUUAAGAACAGUUUCAGGUUAAGAACGGACCUCUGGAACAAAUUAAGUUCAGAACUAGAGGUACCGUUGUACUGUGCCUAAGUUAUCAGAUUAAAACUGCAGAGCGGAAGGAAGGGAAGAUCUCUUUCUGCCUCGCCACUUCUAGCUACUCUCUGAAGACUGGAGAAGAGACCCUCUUAAGAACAUUAGGGGGUUGGCAGGGGAAGGACUAGACCAUAUGAAAAAUGAACAUAAUAUUUUAGCUGCAGUUCAUUCAUUUUCAGCUUUGUAUUCUUGUUAUUAAAAAAGCGCACCUAGACAUUCCGUUCUUGUGCUCAUAUCCUAAGUUUAAGGUGCCAUUUAGCUCCUAGUUUUCAUAUCUCAGCUUCUAACACUGACCUCAGGAUGGUUAUUCAACCACUUGUGUGCUGCUUAAUUUCGCCAGUGGUCAGGGAUGAUGGAAAUUGCAGCCCAGUGACAUAUUCAGUUGUCAGCUUGCAAAAUGCUCUGCUCAGAAGCCUUGCUGCUUUUGUAGAAUGCCUAAAAUGUUUUCACCACGGGGAGAGUAUUUUGUUUGGCUUAGUGGAAGCACACUCCCUACAAAGAACUGUAAAGGCCUGCCUUAAAUAACAGCUCAUUGCGAGGCUACUAAUAUCUUUGCAUAACGUUUAUGGGCCGCUGUGGCUAUAAAGAAGCUUUCUGGACGAAUUGGGUGCGAAGUCAAAUAAGAUUGUGACUUGUAAGAUGCACAAUGAGUCAAAAAAAUCCUCCUGGCUCCAGUUUCUCACCCUUCACCCACUUCUAAGUUCUGCCUCAGCUUCCCCUUUCGCCUACUUUCUCAAUGUCUCACAGUUUAGAAACUUGGCACUUUGCGUUUUGCACUCCCGUGCUUGAGUGUGUCAGCUUGUUCACGGAAACCUAUUCUUGCAAAGUGGCAGAGGGCCAGGAGACCCUCUUUUAUCGCUUUCUGAGGGAGCUCUGAACUUGCUAAUGAGUCAUUCAUGAUGAACUUCGUCCUUAACAUGAUACGUCAGAAUGCUUCCUGUUUCCCAGCAGUUGAAAGAAAUAAACAGCUUCUGAUUAACUUCUUAAAAUUGCAAAAGCUGGCCUAACAGUCCUUUAAUGUUUCCAGUUGCAGUUGCCAACAGCUAUGCUUGCAUAGGACUUGACAAAGUCGAGGAGAGGCUGCCAAUACUUUAUCAACCAACUGAUAAGGUAAACUAUUUAGAAGGAUUUUAAUGUGGCUUUUUCUCUCUCGUUGGUUCGAAGCAGAGUUACACAUGAACUGGAAAAAAGGUGCCAACUAUAACAGGGUGCAUUGGGGAGCGGGGGGGGGGACUUCAUCGCAGGAAACAAAUGAAGUAGCCCCGAGGCACACAAGAUGGUACGACUUACUUGGGAUACCUGCCCAGUGUUUAAUCUACAAACGCAAAAGUUCCCUGCUUUAUAUAUCUGUUGGGUUCAAAGCCCUCUCCUGCAGGGCUUUCUCAUUCACUUCUUUGAAGGAAAAGGUCUCGCAUAUCUAUAGGCUGCUCACUGGACACUUAGGGUGGUAUCCAGUGCUAGUCCUACUCAGAGUAGACUCACUGAAAUGAAGGGACUUAAGUUAGUCAUUGCCAUUAAUUUUAGUGGGUCUACAGAGUAGAACUGACCAGUGGUGUUGCGUCCUUUGCUGGUGCCGAGGGCACUGCUCUGCUUGCCCCUCCAAAUCAUUUGCCCAGGGCUAUGCCUGCCCCCCGGCCCUCUCCACGCUACGACCCUGGGACUUCCAUUAUUAUUACUUACUACUUAUUUAUUGAAUUUAUAUACCGCCCUAUACCUGGAGGUAUCGGGGCGGUUCACAGAACAAAACCAAAAUAUAAAACCACAAAAUAUAUCAUCAAAAUAAAAACAAUACCCCCUGUGCAAAAAAAAAACACACCAGACAUUUUAAAAGGGCAUCAGGUGUCAAUCAAAUCAACCAAAGGCCUGGUUAAAAAGGAACAUUUUCGCCUGGCACUUAAAGGUGUGUCAUGAAGGCACCAAGCAAACUUCCCUGGGGAGAGCAUUUCACAGACAGGGAGCCACUGCAGAGAAGGCCCCGCUCUCGUGUUGCCACCCUCCAGACCUCUCGAGGAGGAGGCGCACGAAGGAGGUCCUCCCCCAUGUGGCAUUCUGUUUUGUUAAGUAAAAGCCCAGUGUUACAGCUCCUUUGAAGACUCUAGGCAUUGGGGACACACUCCUCCGAAGUCUGCAUGGCGUACACAGAGUGAUCCAGAAUCUAAGCUGGUUGCAUUGUCGGAACUCAGGUUUAUGUUUGUUCUCCCCGCCCCCCAAAAAACCAAAAACAGCGAGCAGGAAGCAAGCUUUUUUAUUGGCUUACUGAUCUUGGUUUUUUGGGAAACCAUCAGGUUAUGCAAUGGGCAAGAUUCUGUCUUGUUUUAUGCUUGGUGGGGGGCUAUGGAAACUCAUGAACUUGCGAGUGUGUGCCAGCACACCGCUCGUUCGUAAUAAAACUGUAUUUUUAAACUCUGGCUUAAUGUGAUGGGCAAACUGGGCCCAUGUGCUUUAUACUGAAUGAGUUGUGUCACUCCUUGCGUCUUGCGUUCAGCUAGCAGUGAAGAAUCUGCAACCACUUUUUCUAGGUUGUCGCUAAUGCAAUGGAUGUGGUUGUCGGUGCGAGGGAUGUCGUCGCAACUACCGUGACUGGUGCCAAGGAUACUGUUGCACAAACCAUUAAUGGAGUUGUUGACAAGACAAAAGGAGCCGUCCAGGACAGUGUGGAGUUGACCCGGUCAGUGGUCAGUGGCAGCAUUAACACCGUUCUGGAAAGCCGGGUGCUGCGUCUGGUGACCAGUGGGGUGGACACUGCACUCAGCAGAUCAGAGACCCUUGUAGACCAGUAUCUCCCACUGACGGAAGAAGAACUAGGUAAGUUCGCCUAGAACAGUGGUUCUCAACCUGUGGGUCCCCAAAUGUUGUUGGACUACAACUCCCAUCAUCCCUGAGCUCUGGCCUUGCUAUCUAGGGGUGAUGGGAGUUGUAGUCCAACAACAUCUGGGGACCCACAGGUUGAGAAAGGCUGUCCUAGAAUAUGGGUAGGCAAACUAAGGCCCGGGGGUUGGAUCCGGCCCAGUCGUCUUCUAAAUCUGGCCCGCGGACAAUCCAGGAAUUUUUACAUGAGUAGAAUGUGUCCUUUUAUUUAAAAUGCAUCUCUGGGUUAUUUGUGGGGCAUAGGAAUUCGUUCAGUUUUCCCCAAAAAAUAUAGUCUGGCCCCCCACAAGGUCUGAGGGACAGUAGACCAGCCCCCUGCUGAGAAAAGUUUGCUGACCCGUGUCCUAGAAGGUCCAGUCCGCCAGGUUACAUACCCUGUUAUGAAGAUCAUGCUAUUUUUCAUAAAUAAAAACGAGGGGGAAAUACAUUUGCCAAAGUUCAUUGGUUAUGAAGCCAAUGAAAUGUGAUGCUAUCGUGUAUUACCGUAUUUUUCGCUCUACAAGAAGCACCAGACCAUAAGACGCACCUAGUUUUUGGAGGAGGAAAACAAGAAAGAAAUAUUCUGAAUCCCAGAAGCCAGAACAGCAAGAGGGAUCACUGCGCAGCGAAAGCAGCGAUCCCUCUUGCUGUUCUGGCUUCUGGGAUAGCUGCGCAGCCUGCAUUCGCUCCAUAAGACGCACACACAUUUCCCCUUACUUUUUAGGAGGGAAAAAGUGAGUCUUAUAGAGCAGAAAAUACGGUAUUUUUCAAGAACAAGGAAAACAUAGUUUGUGGGUAGAACUGGGCCACUUGAUGUUCAUUUGACCAUGCGGUUGGUUUACGACUGCAAACUUUGUAACAUGGCGUAAGAUCAGUCAGCCCAACACACUCAAUCGUGGUGGCUCUCUAGGUUUGACAGAAGACUUCACAUUCAAAGCUCUUCCCUGGGAAAGUCGCCAGCUCUCACCUUGAACGUUUCACCAUCAGACCAAAAACACCUUGCAAAGUUGCCUUGGGAGAAUUUGUCUCUCUUGGUUAUAGGCAACAGACUCUCAAGAAGCGAGCGAGAAAGAUAGGAUGCGGUUGUUAACUUUCCUAAUUGCAAGCUUGACGGCGUUAACUUGCCACGGUUACAGUUGGAAUGGUUUGCUCUUUUGAUUCUGCAGAGAAAGAAGCUACGAAAAUGGAAGGAUUUGAAGUUGGAGUUCAGAAGCCAAGUUACUACGUUAGAUUAGGGUCUUUGUCUUCAAAGGUCCGAUCCCGUGCCUACCAGCAGGCCUUAAUCAAGGUUCGAGAUGCUAAGCUCAGAAGCCAAGAGACAAUCUCUCAACUUAACUCCACUGUCAGUCUGGUAAGUGAGUUCUGGGCUCUAACUUCAGAUUUUCGCAAAGGGUUUCAGUCCACCUUUGGGACUCACAUGUAUCGGUGGAUGGCAGUCUACUCUAUCUUUUUAAUAAUAUUUUAAUCCUGUGUUCUUUACCUGUGAGUUGGCCUCGAGUUUUAAAGUUUGCAAGGCUAGCAUUAAGGUAAUACACAGCUCAGCGUUUUACUAGGCAGCCUUCAUACAUCCAUGGACACAAUAAGAAUAUUUUCUUAACAUCAAAUUGUUGAAACAAUAGGUCUAAAAAACACUAUAGUGGCAUUUGAUGGGCUCUUAGGGCAGGGUACUCUGAAGGGGAAAAUGUUAGGCUUUAUUUAAACAAAUAAAGAAUUCUUCAAAAUGAUAUGUAGUGUGCCAGCAACUGCAGCAAAGGAAAGGAAAGGAAUUGGUGAAAACAGAGGGUCUAUUGGGCAAGAAUACACAGUUGCAUUUUGGGGCCCAAGUAGAUAUCUUUUAUUCAUACGAGAUCCAUAUACAGUGGUACCUCGGGUUACAUAUGCUUCAGGUUACAGACUCCGCUAACCCAGAAAUAGUUCUUCAGGUUAAGAACUUUCCUUCAGGAUGAGAACAGAAAUCGGGCUCCGGCAGUGCGGCGGCAGCAGGAGGCCCCAUUAGCUAAAGUGGUGUUUCAGGUUAAGAACAGUUUCAGGUUAAGAACAGACCUCCAGAACGAAUUAAGUACUUAACCCGAGGUACCACUGUAGCACUGUGAAAUUCCAACUUCCUAAUUCUUUUUCAGAGGGUUUGUUGGAGGGUUUAACAAUCCCCGGUGGAGUUUUAAAAGGAGAUAUCAGAGCCGACCUUGUACAAACAUGUUUGAUAACUGAAUGAAUAAAAAAAUUAAAAAAUUGUCCAGUAGCACCUUUGAGACCAACUAAGUUUGCUACUGGACAGUUUUUUAGUCUAUUUAUUUCGACUGCCGUCAGACCAACACGGCUACCUACCUGAAUCUUGUUUGAUAACAGUUGGCAGAACAAAGAUUGCUUUAGCUGCGAAAGCACUCCCAAGAAUGAUCUGAGUUUCCUGUAUCCUGGGAGAAAGAUUCGCAGAAAUCAGUGGCUACUCCUGAGUAGACAUGUGCAGGAUUGCACCGUUGAAGAGUACUUCCCAAAAGUUGAAUGUGCAAGUCUUUUGUAUUCCAGAUUGAAUAUGCCAGAAAGAAUAUGAAUAGUGCCAACCAGAAACUCCAAGAUGCCCAACAAAAGCUGUAUAAUUCCUGGGUAGAAUGGAGGAAAAACACAGGCCAAAAUGAGGAAGAUGACUCCCGCAGUGCUGAGGUGGGUUGCUGAGUGAGCAUUGGGCAGAUGUGUGUCAGGUUAAUACUGUAUUUUUCUCUCUAUACGAAACACCAGACCACAAGACGCACCUAGUUUUUGGAGGAGGGAAACAAGGAAAAAAAAUAUUCUGAAUCUCAGGAGCCAGAACAGCAAGAGGGAUCGCUGCGCAGUGAAAGCAAUCCCUCUUGCUGUUCUGGCUUCUGGGAUAGCUGUGCAGCCUGCAUUCGCUCCAUAAGACGCACACACAUUUCCCCUUACUUUUUAGGAGGGAAAAAGUGAGUCUUAUACAGCAAAAAAUACGGUAUUCUGCAGCCUUAUAAAUAUGUUUGCAGGAAGAGGGCUCACUGUUUGGUUGUUUUUGUUUUAACUAUUUACUUGUGUUUUUUUAUUGUAUUCAAUUUUAUUAAUAUUACCAGUUAAAGUAAAAAAAAGGAAAUAAAAUACAUAAACCAUUUUAAAAGGUAGAGGAAAACAACACUAUGACAGCAAAAUAUAAUUAAGAUCACAGAACUAUAUAACACAUGUGCAAAUGACUGAACUUACAGUUUCUCUCAAAUAUACAUGGAUUCAUGGGUUGGUAUGGUUUCGAUAGGGACACGGGUGGCGCUGUGGGUAAAACCUCAGCACCUAGGGCUUGCCGAUUGCAUGAUCGGCGGUUCGAAUCCCCACGGCGGGGUGAGCUGCUGUCUUUCGGUCCCAGCUCCUGCCCACCUAGCAGUUCGAAAGCACCCUUAAGUGCAAGUAGAUAAAUAGGUACCGCUUUAUAGCGGGAAGGUAAACGGUGUUUCCGUGUGCUGCACUGGCGCCGGCUCGCCAGAGCAGCUUCGUCACGCUGUCCAUGUGACCCGGAAGUGUCUCCGGACAGCGCUGGGCCCUGGCCUCUUAAGUGAGAUGGGCGCACAACCCUAGAGUCGGACACGACUGGCCCGUACGGGCAGGGGUACCUUUACCUUUACAUAUGGUUUCGAUAAAUGCACUCCAAAUAUUUAAUUUGUCCAUACAUAAUGUUUGUCUGAAGGCGAUCCAUUCAUGAGUUGCAAUGCCAUCUGUCCAUUGAUUGAAAGGCUAUGUUUUUGUCCUCCUAAUGUAUUAGUAUCAUAUAUAUUUUUGCAGAUAUAAAGGGCAAGGUUGCACCCAAAACAAUUUCCUUGCCCAGUUGCUGCAGCAGUCUACAGCUGGCCAUGCUGAAAGUUCUUUAUCAAGGUUAAGAGUAUUAACCUUUUGACCCAAAUAAUUACAGCAGUGAUAAGGCUGCUGUCCAGGACUCAAGCGAAGGCUUAAACUUAGCUCUUGCUACUACUGGGUAUUAGCUGCUUGUCUUGUUUCAGCCACAGUGGAAAUACAGGAAGCUUGUAAAGAAAAGGGAAAAGAUGUGAAUGAGUAAGGUGGCUUCUCUCAGCACACUCUUUCCCACGCCUACAAAAUCUUUGUAGCAAGCAUGGGGGUAAAGCUAUCUGGCAAAUAGGAUAUAACUGAAGAACCACUUGACAGAUCUGUUACUGGUGGGAGGCCAGGAGAGAGAAAUGCUUUUCGCUUUCCAGGUCAAGGGGUCUGAUUAGGUUGCAAGUCCCAGCCAAAGUUAGGAUCCCUUGGAUGCGGAGAAACAUUGGUCAGUGCGUAUGAGCAUUCAUUUGGGUCUUAUGGCAGUGUCUCAGCCAGUGUGAGAAACUCAGAUAUAUAAGUUUAAGUGCCAAAUGGCUCCUUAAACCAGGGCUAGUCACCAAAUCAGAAUGCCUAGUAGCCCUUUUGGGGGCCAGGCGGUUCGAAAGCCGUAUUUUUCAAUUCCUGAAAUUCAUUCUGAUUGGGCAGUGAAAAUGUAACAAAAUUAUACAGGAUGCAUUGUGAAAACAGCCAAGAUCCAUGGUUCCCCAGGUAUGCACCUCCAAAUGGUGGAGACAUCAGGCACCAUCUUGGCACCUGGGCAUCUUCACUUGGUCGUGAGUGGCCGAUAGCCAGGUGCCAAAUGGGCCUGGCAAAUUUUGAGCACAGGUCCCAGCUUCAUUCCAUACUUCAGUUGUACCUUGGAAGUUGAAUGGAAUCUGUUCCAGAAGCCCGUUCGAUUUACAAAACGUUCAGAAACCGAAUCGCGGGUUCUGAUUGGCUGCAGGAAGGUCCUGCAGCCAAUUGGAAGUCACAUCGGACAUUCGGGUUCCAAAGAACAUUUGCAAACCAGAACACUCACUUCUGGGUUUGCGACGUUUGGGAGCCAAAACGUCUGAGUACCAAGGCAUUUGGGAUCCACGGUAUGACUGUACCCCCACAUUGGAAGUUCAAGUUAUUGUUGUCUAGGGUGGCGGCCCCGGCUGUAGAAUACAGUCAUACCUCAGGUUAAAUAUGCUUCAGGUUGAGCGCUUUCGGGUUGCGCUCCACGGUGACCCCGAAGUAAUGGAACACGUUACUUCCAGGUUUCGCCGCUCGCGCAUGCGCAGACAGUCAAAAUGACAUCACACGCAUUCGCGUAAGCGGCGAAUCGCGGCACGCGCAGAUGCAGGUUGCGUUCACUUCAGGAUGCGAAUGGGGAUCCGGAACAGAUCUGGUUCAUAUCCAGAGGUAUCACUGUAUUGUGUUGGGUUGAAAUAAUGACAGACGAGUAGCAAGUGUCAUGUGAGAGGCAUCUCUCGAGCAAGUCCCGAGAAGACUCUUUUAUUGAAUAUUACAACAUUGCCACAGGUGCGCUCGUUGCUGAUUGGUUGACACAAGUACAAAGCAAAGGUUACAUAUAGGCAUUAAUCACCAAUAGAUUAAAGGCUGGGAAAGGGAGCACAGAACUAGACAGGCAUGAAACCUCCUAAUUAAAUUAUAACUAGUGAUUGAUCGUAACAAGACUUGAAAGAACAUAACAAUCGCAGUCCGUAGAUGUGGCCAACAAUGUGUUAAGAACAGGUCAAGGUACACUGUUUCAUGAACUCAAUGGGAACUGAUCAGAACGUUCUCAGACUCAUGUGCAGAAGCAAACACUUCCCAGCAGUAUUGGGGUUAUUUUAAGCUAACAGAAUAACAUGGAGCCCGUUUCCAAUGUCUAUGUGUUUUGCUUUUGUUUCCAGUACAUUGAAUCACGCACACUAACGAUUGCACGGAACCUGACCCAGCAGCUUCAAACCACCUGCGUCACCCUGGUGUCGAGUAUACAGGGUUUGCCCCAGAAUAUCCAAGGCCAGGUUCACCAUGUGGGGGAAAUGGCGGGCGAGGUCUACCGGAACUUCCGCUCAGCGUCUUCCUUCCAGGAAGUGUCCGACAACCUCAUCACCACCAGCAAAGGGCAGCUGAAGAAAAUGAAGGAAUCGCUGGACGACGUGAUGGAUUACCUGGUGAACAACACGCCCCUCAACUGGCUGGUAGGUCCCUUUUACCCGCAAUUGGCUGGCUCUGAGAAUACUGGGCACAGAGGUGACGGGGAGAAAAAGACCAGCCAGGAGGACAAACAGCCUGAACGCAACACAGAAUAAAUGGCGGCGUGACAAAACGUACACACACACACACGCCGCGUAGCUUGACUGACAAGGUGGCCGAGCUGUGGUAGCUGCAGUGUAACCUGCUGGGGGGCAGGGGGGAGAAAUUUAAUUCCUGCUGUGCUUUCUCUGACAAAAAAAAGCAAAAAAAGAUUUCUGCGCUUCCAAGUUGAGUUCCCAGUGUUUGGGUUCGAAGUUGUGAAAGAUGCAAAGUGCCUUAAAAGACUUCUGAGCCUCAGCAGAUUGCAUUGGAGAAAACCCCUUGUUUAGCUACCUAUAUAUUACAAAGCUCCAUCUUGUCUCUCAGUUAAAGUGGCCUUUAAAAGGAGCUUACUGCUAUUCUGUUAAUAUACGCAGGGGCGGGGAAAAAACAAAGCAACCCCCUUUAUUGAAAAUCUGUAAAGCUUCUGGCAGCAUAAUUACAUUUUCUUAUUCAGCUUUCGUUUGAAAACUGCACACUGUACCCUUGUAUACUUAUCAUUCCUUCCAUUUGCCUUAAAGCAAUUUGUUCUAGGACCUAAAAAAAGAGAAAAAGCCUUGAUAAGCUUUUUCCACUCCUUGCGUGGAGUUGGACUAGACUUGCCAGAGUAACUUGUCUGUUGCGACAGCUCACCUUCGUCCUUCAUUUCUAAAUAUGAGACGUUGUACUACUCAGUAACUCCACUUAAGCUACUAUUGAGCACUGUGCGCUAAACGAGAUUCAUGCUGUUUGUACAUGGGUGUUUUUAGCCUGUCUUUUUGUAGUGCCUUGCCUUGUAAUUUCACAUGUAUGCUUAGUAAUAAAUGCUUCAGCAGCCGGAGUCUGGUGUCUCUUGGAUUGUGUAAAGAGUAUUGAGGAUGAGAAACAAACGUUGUGACUCAAUUACCGUUGAGCUGUGGGUCUGUUUAAAAUGGGUUGAAUGCAAAUUGCUGAAUCAGCACCAAGCAUUACAUGUAAACAGAUGGUCCAGGUGUUGCUGCUGUAUUUAUUUCCUUCCUACGACUCCUCAUCCAGCUCUCUGGAUACUUGCAGUUUCUUAAGCUUCUACCAUGCCAGCUUUUGCUUGUAGCUUGCUUUUCUGGGUCGGGGCUCUUGAAUCGGUGGGUUGUGGCUUGAAUCGGUAGGUUGUUAUGAUGUAUACUAUGCCAAAGGAGGCCAAACCACCUGUCUCUCGUAGCACAGACAUUCCACGGUCUUGAUGGCCCGUCAGAUUUUACAAAAGGUCCUAGGAAGCUGAACCACAACAAACUGUAGAGAACACCUGCAAAUGAUCUGGAGAUAUUUCUGGUUCCUCCUGCUCUGCUUGUUCUUGCACUUGAUGCUUAAACUCAAACAAAAAUAAGUUUGCUCUGCUGUCCAGGUAUCCUGCUGCGCUAACAGUUACAUGACAAAGUACACACAGGUCAAUAUGUUAAUACUUUUGUCCCCGCAGGGAAAACAUUUAGCGCACGGGAUGCCCUGAGACUUCCACCUGUGUAGAAUCAGCACCGAUGAGGACUUGAGCGUUCUGCCAACGUUGCUGGGGUAGAAUUAAGCAGCAGGCCCACUCAAAUCACAAUUCAUUGCCAAUAAUUCCCCUAGUCUAAAAGUGCCCUUUAAAAAAAUGGCUUUAAAAUUGAACCAUGCCAACUGUCAUGUGAUCUAUAAUGCAUGCUUUGUUGUGGUUUCUUUGAACACAGUUUUUGGUUGGUGUUGCCUAGUUGCAUUGGCAGAAGAAUGUGAACAUUUUGUUGCACUGGCGGGUGGGUGGGUGGGAUUCACCUAACUAGUCCUGUUAGCUGAAGCCCUGCUCAAGGACUUCUGCUUGUGCAAUGGGGCUUCCCCUCCUCUCCAACCCCUAUGCCCCUCUGCCCCCCCAGAAUAGCAUGCAAGGGGAGCAGAGGAGAGAUUGUUUCAUCUGGCAAACUGAAAUGCUUGUGCAGAUGGUGCCAUCGACACAGCAGAGUGUUGAAUUUCUCCCCAGUUGUUUAUCCUGGUCCAACUGCCCUGGCUGCCGAUUGGUUUCCAAGCCCAAUUCAAAGUGCUGGUUUUGACCUAUAAAGCCUUAAAAGGCUCAGGACCUCAAGGACCGCCUCUUGCCAUAUGAACCUACCCAGACCCUGAGAUCAUAUUCUGAGGCCCUCCUUUGUGUGCCUCCUCCUCAAGAGGUUCGGAGGGUGGCAACAGGAGAACGGGGCCUUCUCUGCAGUGGCUCCCCGUCUGUGGAAUGCUCUCCCCAGGGAGAUUCGCCUGGUGCCUUCAUUAUAUACCUUCAGGCGCCAGGCGAAAACUUCCCUCUUUAACCAGACCUUUGGCUGAUUGACAUACAAUGCCCUUUUAAAAUGUGUUGUGCAGGGAGCAGGAAUAAUUAGGUUGUUACUGCUUUUAUUUUUAUUAUGUAUUUUUGUGUUUUUUAUAUUGUGAUUUUUUUGUCCUGAGCUGCCCUGAGACCUGCGGGUAAAGGGUGGUAAACAAAUUUGAAUAAUAAUAACCACCACCUUGGCUUACUAAGGACAAGCAACAAUUCAUGUAUGGACUCGUUUUAGCCGUGCAAUUAAUCUGUGGUUUAAAGAUCAUGGAUAGGCUGUGGGAUCUCUCACACCCAUGGAUAUUCUCCUUCCCUUCAGGCUGUGGAAUUUUCCCUCUAUACAAUUCUAGUGUUGCAUAAGCAUUGUUCAUCUGCAUUAAAACCAAUUGCAUGUGCUUCUAAUAAUAAUAUUUUUUUAUUUGUAUCCCGCCCUCCCCGGCUGAGGCUGGGCUCAGGGCGGCUAACAUCAUAAAAACAACACAAUAAGCAUAAAAACAGACAUCAAUUAAUUAAUAUACAUCUUAAAAUUAAUUCAGACAAGUUAAAAUCCAGGCAGGUGGCAAUUAGGUAAGGUAAAGGACCCCUGACCGUUAAGUCCAGUCGCCGAUGACUCUGGGGUUGCAGCGCUCAUCUUGCUUUAUUGGCCGAGGGAGCCAGUUUACAGCUUCUGGGUCAUGUGGCCAGCAUGACUAAGCCACUUCUGGUGAACCAGAGCAGCGCACGGAAACGCCGUUUACCUUCCCGCCGGAGCGGUACCUAUUUAUCUACUUGCACUUUGACGUGCUUUCGAACUGCUAGGUGGGCAGGAGCAGGGACCGAGCAACGGGAGCUCACCCUGUUGUGGGGAUUCAAACCGCUGACCUUCUGAUCGGCAAGUCCUAGGCUCUGUGGUUUAACCCACAGCACCACCUGCAUCCCCAGGUGGCAAUUAUUAUGGUGCAAUUGAGAGUGGUUAAUGAUUGCCAGGACCAACUGUUUCCAUUGAACAUACAAGGACCUGUGAAUGGGUUGGGGGUCUCCUUCAGGCUUGUUUUACACAAAGGAAAGUAAGCUCACAUGCAAUUUGACUGGGGCUGAUGAGUCCCACAAAAACCUGGGAGGGUCCCACAUUUUCUACCCCUGCUUUAAAGAUAUGACAUGAAGAUAAUUAUUAGUUUUCUGCACAGGUGAAUAACAUGUUACAUAGCAACAGAAGAACCAGGGCACUUGCAUUUUGCCGUUGCUUGGUACAUAUGUAUAUGUUCCACUAGCAUUCAGGACAAACAUAAGUACAAUCCUAUUCACGGCAAUAGCUCAAUCUUCUUUGCAAGCAGAACGUCACAAACUCAAUGCCAUGCAACUCCAGUGUUGGAAAUUCGCCAGGCACAUUUUGCACCUCUGGCUAUUGGCCGCUUGUAACCAAAUGAAGGUGCCUGACAUCUCCACCAUCUGGAGGUGCAUGCCUGGGGAUCUGGACUGUUUUCACACACUAGCAACACAUCCUGUAGAAUUCUACCCCUUAUAUUUUAUCUGCAAAGUCAGGAUGAAUUUCAGGAAACCAAAAUGCUGCAUCUGUGCAGCCUGAGCAGGAGCCGAGAACGACGUUAUAGUGAAUUGUUGUCGCUUGUCUUCGCUUCUCCCGCCCCAAUGCCCUGCUCACAGUUGCGAAGAAUAGCACUACGUUAUGAAUGGCCCGUGUCACCAUUAAGAAAAAGAGGUCGGAAUAGGCCAAUAUAUAUAUGUGGACUGUCCCUGAAUCAAGUGACUUUUCUUCUUUUAAGUUCUCAAAACUCUUAACUUAGCUCAAGGUAGUCCUCUGAACUAGCCAGAUGUUGAACUGAGAAUCAGUCACAGUCAGUCCAUCCUUUGAAAAACAAGACUUUAGCCCCGUCUUGCCCCAAAAUAGCAACUAGACAUUCUGUUUGGGAGACUGCAACCUUGGUUUUAAGAAACCCUUUGGUGCCUAGCAUAUAUAUCUGAGUUUCGAACACUCUGCAGCUCUAGGUAGGGCAAUUGCCCGCCUGUGUUGACAAAAUGGAACUAGAUUUUUCUCCCUUGGUGUAAGAUGAAGCCUCAUGUUCCUACUUAGAGGUUUUGAUGUUCAGUGGUGCUUAUGCCCUGGAAAGUGUGUGUAGGAUUGUAGCCUUAUCUGCGUAAGGUGCUCAAAACAGGUUACGGAAGAGUAGGCAACUUGACCUCGAAUCCAGUCUGCUGCUGAAAUAGGUACAGCACGGCUAGGACAGAAAACUCCCUGCUGCCUUAUUCUGAGAGCUUCAAAGCAAAUGGUAGCAAGAAGACCAGCAUAGCAGCAGACAUAGUCAGCAUAGUACUUUUGUGUCCACAGUGUUAAAAUUAAUAGGAAGCUGAUCCUGCCUAUGCUUACUCUGAAGUUCCACUAAUUACAGUGGCGCUUACUCCCAAGGGAUCACAGAGGCAUUGCCACUUUAGGCCUGAAUGAGCCCAUUGACUUUAAUUAUUUUGAAACUAAUUCAUUCUGAAUCGAAUUAUUUCUGGUUUGCAUGAGUCAGUUUACCCUAACUAUCCUGCGGGCGUAAACCACUGAGCCUCUUGGGCUUGCCGAUCGUAAGGCUGGCGGUUCGAAUCCUUGUGAUGGGGUGAGCUCCCGUUGCUCUGUCCCAGCUGCUGCCCACCUAGCAGUUCGAAAGCACACCAGUGAAAGUAAAUAAAUAGGUACCACUGCAGCGGGAAGGUAAAUGGCGUUUCUGUGUGCUAUGGUUUCCGUCACGGUGUCCCAUUGUGCCAGAAGCGGUUUAGUCCUGCUGGCCACAUGACCCGGAAAGCUAUCUGUGGACAAACGCCGGCUCCUUUGGCCUAAAAGUGAGAUGAGAGCUGCACUCCCAUGGUCAAAUUUGACUGGACUUAACCGUCCAGGGGUCCUUUCCCUAACUGUUUCAGAGAUGAAAUCAAGCCAUGUAGUCAUGCUGUUGCUUUAGAAUCAGAGAUUUGGAGGAGAAUCUGGUCUAAACUAUGACAGUUGGUUAAAGUAAAGCGGGCAUGCACUGAGGGAAACUGAUUCACACGUACACUACAGUUUAACACAUACCGGAUCUCACUUCUGGUAUCAGAGACCAGCUUAGGAGAAGACAUACGGCAGGGAUGUAAGCUGUGGGAGGAAGGAAAGAUUUCUCUCCAGAUUGUUGGUCUAGGGAUAGGACUCGUGCUUUCAGUGACAAAGGCCUUGAGUGCAAUUCCCAGACAAACUCACGCAACAGGAAGAAGAGGGUCGAGCCCUUAAUUGCUAGCCAUAACUAGAGUGUAUGAUUUGCAUGCAGAAUAUCCCAGGUAAAAACCCUCAAAUCUUAGAGCUGGCCGGGAAAGACUUCCUGUCUGAAAUCCCCGAGUGGUAUCCAAGUGAGUUUUACACAGAGUAGACCUGUUAAAAUUAAUGGGCCUGACUCAGAGAAAAAUAAGAAUAUUUCAUUUAUACCCCGCCCAUCUGGCUGGGUUGCCCAAGCCACUCUAGGCGGCUUCCAAGACAUAAAAACAUAAUAAAACAUCAAACAUUAAUAGGAACAAUCUGAUCCAAUUUAAAAGUCACAAUAACUUUAAAAUAAACAACUUAUAUCAAACAAAGCAGCAUCCAACAAUCUAUCAGAAUCUAAUUGUUGUUUAGUUGUUUAGUCGUGUCCAACUCUUCGUGACCCCAUGGACCAGAGCACGCCAGGCACUCCUGUCUUCCACUGCCUCCUGCAGUUUGGUCAAACUCAUGUUGGUAGCUUCGAGAACACUGUCCAACCAUCUCGUCCUCUGUUGUCCCCUUCUCCUUGUGCCCUCCAUCUUUCCCAACAUCAGGGUCUUUUCCAGGGAGUCUUCUCUGCUCAUAAGGUGGCCAAAGUCUUGGAGCCUCAGCUUCAGGAUCUGUCCUUCCAGUGAACACUCAGGGCUGAUUUCCUUCAGAAUGGAGAGGUUUGAUCUUCUUGCAGUCCAUGGGACUCUCAAGAGUCUCCUCCAGCACCAUAAUUCAAAAGCAUCCAUUCUUCGGCGAUCAGCCUUCUUUAUGGUCCAGCUCUCACUUCCCUACAUCACUACUGGGAAAACCAUAGCUUGAACUAUACAGACCUUUGUCGGUAAGGUGAUGUCUCUGCUUUUUAAGAUGCUGUCUAGGUUUGUCAUCGCUUUUCUCCCAAGAAGCAGGUGUCAAUAGUAAACAGUAAAAUUAAGCAUCAGCAAAUAAUAAUUAAACAGUUCAACCACAAUAAAGAAUUACCAACCUAUAAUCAAUAAAAGUAACAGCAAAUCACAAUGCAUAAAACACCACAAAACUUACAAAACCAUGUAAAAGGAUCAAAUUGAGAAACAAAGAAGCACAACUUAUAAAACUAUUUUUAAAAAAUAUCCCUGAACUCCUCUCUUUCCAGCUGCUGCUGCUGCUGCUGCUGCUGUUCUCAAAGUCAUAGUCCGGGAAAGGCUAGGUUGGGAAAGGCAGGUGGAAAAUACAAUCAUACAUUACAAUGGAGUUAAACACGAAAAUGAUAAAGAAAAGAGACAAAAAAGAAAAGCAAAAAAGUCACACACAAAAAGAAUUGACAAUAGCAAAAAAAAAUCAGUUAGAAAAGCCAGUCAUUUAUACAGCAUCAUAUCUUAUCCGAUAAAGUCUUCUGAGAAAAACUUCCAAUCGUUUUCAUUGUACUUUUCAUAUUGUCUUGAUUUUAUCGCACAGUUUAUUUUAUGACUUUUUCUAUAUAUUCCUCUAAGAUGUUUAUUCCAUUUGUUUAUUAUACACAAGUAUCAUUCAAUUCUGCUAGGAUAUUAUCAUUUUUACAAUGUAAUCUUAUAUACUCCUUGAAUAAUUUCCAUUCUCUGUAUGUUUUUUGAUUCGGGGCUCCCCUGACUUUUCCAGUCAGCUUUGCUAAUUGAAAAUACUCGAUCAUGAGUGUUUGCCAAUCUAUUAUUGUUGGUGUUGUUUCACACUUCCAACUUCUGGCUAUGAGUAUUCUUGCAGCCGUGAUUGAGUACAUAAACAGUGCUCUUGUGUUUUGCUUGAUUUCUAUUGGCAAUAUUCAGAUCUUGAAUGUUUUCAAACACCAGCAACACACCCUGUACAAUUCUAUCCAUUAUAUUUUAUCUGCACAGUCAGCAUGAAUUUCAGGAACCAGAAAGUCAUAUUGAAAAAUAGGACUUUCGAGCCGUCUGGCCCCAAAAUGACAACUAGGCAUUCUGUUUUGGCGACUGUAACUCUGGUUGAAGGAGCCAUUUAGCACCUAGCUUACAUAACUGAGUUUCUACCAUUGGUUCCUACAUUAAAAUAACACAAUUUGGAUAAAUGGUUGGUUUAAAAUCUUUGGGUCUCCCUUUAUUUCUCACUAUGAAACCUACGCCAGAGAAAGAGGCAUUUCCCCACAUGAAUUCUUUGUGAACUUUUUAAAUGAUAAGACAAUAUUAUUUCAUUUCACAUGUGAUACGCUAUGUUUUUGUCAAUAUAGUACUGAAAUGGGAGGAAAUUUUGCUGGCCUGUUCUCCUCAGUUUGAGUCCUAGGUCUUUAACACUUUGGGAAAUGUUGAAAAUGUUGCCUUCAAAUUUAUUUGAGUUUCUUCCUCUGCAGGUUCCGGAUUUUGCUAUCACAGACUUGUCUUCAGAAUCGGAUGAGAUACCAGAUAUCUUGGCUUUGGAUGAAGAAGGGCAGCAAGAUUAUUCGCGUGCAAAUGGUCCCAUCACCACAGGUCAAAGAGCUGAAUAAACACCGAGCACAAGAAACCAAAAACUAAUACUUUUGAUUGAAUAAAUAUAUGUUCAUACCCAUUUUUCCCCCUAACCUUAUCCUCCUGCUUUCUGGAGUGGAGUUACUUAGCUCUUGGGGAGUAUCACUUUUGCUUCAUUUAGAUCGAUCAAAACUGUGACCUUGUGAAAAAAGAUUAUGGAACGCACAUUAGCGUAACCUAUUAGCAUGGAGGAGUGGACUGUUUUUGUCCUCUGUGUCAGAUAAAUGUAUUCAACUGGUCAACAAUAUCAAUUUUAAGUCUAUAUCACAGUUUGGACAGCAGUUGCUUCUGAAACCACAUCUCUGCUGCUUUGACAUGGAAUCCUGUCUGAAAGAAGAUUUGCCGAUUUCAAUUUCAGUUCCUCUGUAAAUACUUCUGUGUUUCUCCAUCAACAUCUUUACCUGCCAGGAAGAAAAAAAUGCAGCCAUUUCUCGUCUCUUUCUGUUUCGUUGUGAUGUAUCUGCAUGACUCCAUACCAAAGGUUUAAACAGGUGCCCCUUGAGUUCAAAUGCAAUGGAUGAGCUCAGUGCUCCUUGCUUUUCUAAGAUUAUGAUGCUCCAGCAAAUUGCAACUCAUGUUCUCAGUCAGGUGAUAAACCUGUGCGUGGGUUGCGCCAUUUUAGACUACGGGAGAAAGACCAAACGCUCUUCCAUACAAAGUAAAUCUUUGCAUGUAGAAAUCUUAGCACAUCACAGAGAGGUUUGAACUAGGACCGUCCUUCCUGAGACCUAAUUUUGUUUUUCUCUGGAAGAGCAGUCGUGUGAGCUCUCCACUUGCAGCCAGAAGUGGUACAGCCCAGGGACAGUAAGAAUUAGGCUUUGCAGUAGGGGAACCUGUGUACCUUUCCCAUAUUUUGGACCACAUCUCCCAUCAUCCCUUUCCAUUGGCCAGGCUGGUUGAGGCCGAUGGGAGUUGGGAGUCGCAGGUUUCGCCAUCACUGCUUCAGAACAUCUGGAGUUUAACCAGGACAAUACUCUAGAGCAGUGGUUGCCAAACUUGGCCCUUCAGCUGUUUUUGGACUACAAUUCCCAUCAUCUCUAGCUAACAGGAGCCAUGGUCAGGGAUGAUGGGAAUUAUAGUCCCAAAACAGCUGGAGGGCCAAGUUUGGCCGCCACUGCUCUAGAUGCAAACUGGGAAACUUCUGACAGGGUUCAAAAAAGGAAAGACGUGUAGUGAAAAAUGGGGCAGAAACUACGAACGAGAUGGAGAAAGCUAGCCCUGAAGCGAUGUUCCUGCGCAAUCUACAGUUGUUUUAGCAGGGUUUGUAUAGUUCCAGUGGUUUGCCAUCAAACAGAUCCGCCAUUUCUUGACGCAAAUCGGAAGAGUCAGAGGAAGCUCAAAACAAACUAGAAAUGCAGAAUCAGACGUACUUAACGAAAUGCUACAGUUGAAAGACUACGCCGUGUUUUGGUUCAGACAACCUUUAAUAUCGCUGGCAGUUUUGGGUUUCCCCCCGUUUUUUAAUUAUGGGAUUAUGAGGAUUUCCUAUGGUGCUAAUUUUUAUAGGUUAGGUCCACAGAUCUGAAUUAAAGAGAUAAUUUGGCGCUCUCUUUAGCAUGAAGUGGACAACCUCUCCCCCCACUCUUCAGUUAUGCAUAAGAGAUAACAUGGAAGUUUUAAGCACUAGUCACUGAAAUGCCUUGGAAAUAAAGUUUAAAACUGUAUAAUC